GCAACACACAGCUCAGUUACACAUACAGCACAGUAGGAAAUACACAGUGCACACACCAUACAACACUAUCACCCAGAGAGUCACUGAGCACAUCACACAGACAACAGCCACCAGUCAGCAUCACACCGUGACAUGACACACAGGCAGUGAUAUGAUAUUCAGCAAAAUAUACAGUCUUCUCGAUCCUCAGUACCCAGACAUGCCUGCUGGACCGACUGUCAAAACAGCACAACUCAGCAGAGACAUCACCGUGGGCUCACCCAGCAGCCACAGAAGAGCCCCAAACGAUGCGUUUGCAACACCCAGUACCUUGAACACAGUAGAUGUGCAGGAGCUAGUGUUAACGUGGAGCAUGCAGGCAUUCACACAGGCCAUACAAAUGCCUGAUGGAGACAUGCAGGAACCCCAGGCUCCCAGGGAGCCAUGUGUGCCCAGUGGGGGCACUGCCCCAGCUGAUGCCUCAGAGGGGCCACCCAUCUCAAGAGGGGCUCUGGGCCCCACCUUACCUCCUCAUGGCGCAUGAGCCAGAGCCCGAGGCCGAUGGGCUGUUGGACCUCAGCUUCCUGACAGAGGAGGAGCAGGAGGCCAUUGCCGAGGUCCUGAAGCGAGAUGCCCACCUGCGCCAGCUGGAGGAGGGGCGAGUCAGCAAGCUCCGGGCUUCACUGGCAGACCCUGGGCAGCUGAAAAUCCUGACGGGGGACUGGUUCCAGGAAGCACGCGCCCGACGGCACCACCAUGCCCACCUUGGCUCUGACCUUGUCCGAGCCUCUAUCCGCAGGAAGAAGAGCUCCAAGGGAGAACAAGCUCUGGGUAGCAAUAGGGAAACCGAGGCUGCCGGGAAAGAGACGGAAGAGGAGUUGGAGCCCGGACUCCUCAUAGACAAGGCCCCCCAGGAGAGUCCCAGUGAGGCGGAGGGACGUGAUCUCCCCUCACCAUAUGUCCCCCCAAAAGCAUCAGAUCAUGAGGAGGAGCCUCAGGCCCAGGAAGCCCCCGGCCCCGGGGGUGCACAGGUCUACGAGCAGGAGGCGGGCCCGGAGCCGGAGCCGCCAGCCAGGGAAGAGGAGGGGCCGCAGCCCCGCCCAGCCCAGAGCCAGGCGGCGUCCAAGAUCCUGGAGAACGGGGAGGAGGCCCCCGGGCCCGGCCCCUCGCUCGACCGCGUGCUCAGCAGCAGCUCCUCCGUGUCCAGCCUCAACUCCUCCACGGUGAGGGGGGCCUCCCCUCCCCACAGCCUGACACUCAGCCCCUCCUGACCCUCCCUCGGCCCCCACCCCUCCAGCUCCUGGGCCGGUUACCUCGAACCUGCCCCCUUAUCUCUGGUCCUCACCCCCCUCCCCCGCCUCAGCUACGUCAAAAGCUACCUCCUCCCGGACAAGCAGAGCAAGCGCAAGACGGCCGUGAAGAAGCGGAAUCUGAACCCGGUCUUCAACGAGACUCUGCGGUACUCGGUCCCGCAGGCCGAGCUCGCCCGCCGCGUGCUGAGCCUGUCCGUGUGGCACCGUGAAAGCCUGGGUCGCAACAUCUUUCUGGGCGAAGUCGAAGUGCCCCUGGACACGUGGGACUGGGACUCCGAGGCCAUCUGGCUCCCCCUGCAGCCCCGGGUUUCGCCCUCUCCUGACGACCUUCCCAGCCGCGGGAGGCUCUCUCUGUCCCUCAAAUACGUCCCCGCCGGCUCUGAGGGCGCAGGACUGCCCCCGAGCGGGGAGCUGCACUUCUGGGUGAAGGGAGCUCAGGACCUGGUGCCUCUUCGUUCGGGAUCCCUGGAUUCUUACAUACAAUGCUCGGUGCUGCCUGAUGACAGCCGGGCCAGCCGCCAGCGGACAAGGGUGGUGCGAAGGAGCCUCAGCCCCGUGUUCAACCACACCAUGGUUUAUGACGGCUUCCGGCCUGCUGACCUGCGCCAGGCCUGUGCUGAGCUCUCUCUCUGGGACCAUGGGGCCCUGGCCAGCCGCCAGCUGGGGGCCGUACGCCUCAGCCUGGGCACCGGCAGCAGCUACGGGCUCCAGGUGCCCUGGAUGGACUCCACCCCUGAGGAGAAGCAGCUGUGGCAGACACUCCUGGAGCGACCAUGCGAGUGGGUGGAUGGCCUUCUGCCCCUCCGAACCAACCUGGCCCCCAGGACAUAGGUGCCUGACAAGCCUUGGCAAACCUCUCUCCGGACCCCCAUCUCAGGGCCUGCCCUUAGUGGAAGUCAAUAAAGUCUAUUCUAAGGGCAA